CGCUGGACCGCCGCCCGCUCGAUUUCGCGAUCCACGAACGACGGUAGCCACCACCUCCGCCUCCUCCCCGCUUCUUUUCCGUCUACCGGAUCUUUCGCGCUCACUUUCUCUCUUUCUCUUUCUCUCUCCUCUCUAUCUCUCUACUUGGCGUCUGUCUUUUUAUUCGUUUCCAUUCUCUUUAUCCAUUACACGUGUCUUCUCUCUCUCUCUCUCUCUCUCUUGCGCGCGCGCUUGUUUCAUUAUCGUCUAAUCCGAUUGUCUCUGCUUUGUUUCUCUUUGAGUUUCGUUUGAAAUCUUUCGAUACAUUUACAUAUGCGGAACGUUGUGCGCGCGUGAUUAUCGGGAUUCCUUUCUCCCUCCCCUUCCCCCUACCUCGAUCUAGCCUCUGAUGAGAGUCUAACCUCUUGGCGCGAUCCCGAUAGCGGUCGUCCGAGACGAUACCGUCACGUACCGGUGUACGCGGCGACCGAUCGGGAAAGUGACGAGUGACACUGAUGAUUGCUUGCAGAGAAAAGUGGUGAACCAGAAGGGUUGGUGCACGAGUACGGUGUAAAAAGUCGGUCCAGUCCCGCGACGAUCGGGAAUUACCGCGAUUCAGAGUGGCGAAGAAUGUAGUGACGAUAGAAAAUCGAAAUCACCGACACGUCGACGCGCGAAAUCAUCAACAUCGAUCGGCUCCGAAUAUGGCGACGCGGAUACAGAUGAUCUCGCAGGAGUGAGGGGUAAGAGGGUGGCGGGCUCCUCGGAACACUUUGCUACGAUUUGAUUUGACACAGGUGCGUCGUCGCUUCGCCUCCUCGCGAUCGGUUCCGUGCGAACAGAUCCACGUAUACAGGGUGUGCACAAGUGCCGCGAGACCUUUUCUCGUAGAAUGACGGCGAUGAUCGCGAAGAUCGCAUCACUGACGACGACUAGCGGGUCGUCGGUGAUCACGAUGAGGUAGUGGGACACGUGCCGCGAAGUGCGCAAACGAAAGAGGUGGCGAGACUUAUUCCCAGGUGGGAUUAUCCCGCGUGAAGAUUGCCUGAAGGAUACUUUCCCUUGGUGCUUCCGAUCGCUUGACUCUUUUUCUUGGGGACCAACCGAUCGCAGUCGAAGACGAGGAGAACUGGAGGCCGCACGGAUAAUCGAGCAUUCUCGAAGGACGCAGAUGCCCCGAAGGAAACAGCACGCACCGCAACGCAUGAAAUGUAAGUAGUGGUCUCCGAUCGUUUGAAAAGCGUGCGGCUCGGAGCCGCCGCACCGGACGGGAGAUAUGCGCAGCAAGCAGCAGCCCAGGCCUUCUUUCCGAUGGCCGCAGCAACGCGGUGAUAACCUUACCGGGGAGGACGGCGUCGAAGGCUCUGCGCCCGGUACGGACCUCCAAGGCGAGGAGGGCGAUUGCGUCGACGAGGAUGGCCCUAUUAGCCCCAGCGAGAGGGGUUGCGCGCCCGCUGCGAAGGAAGACGACGAUGCCGAGGGAACGGACGAAGAGGACGAUGAGGAAGCAUCGCCACCUACACCCCCGCCUUCCGCCACCUCGAGGUUAAACCCGACUAUCUUGCGAGACACGGGACCUCCGGAUAGGGAGCCAAUGAGUCCGCGCUGUCCCUCGAGAGAUUCUCGGGAAUCAUCCGGUCCGGCGACCGGAAGUCCCCCGCCACCUGCUACCAGGAGCAGCGCGAGCCCAGUCAGUCCAAGUAGUAUCGUGCCUCUACCCCUUGGAACUCACUCCCUGCUACCACCCCACUCUGCAGCGGUCAUGGCGGCGUAUCUGCAACAGACUCAUCAGCGCCUCCUCCUCGGCCAUUCGCCUUUAUCGCGUGGUUCGGUAUCGCCACUGGUUUCCUCCUCGUGUUCGCCACCAGCCGCCACCCCCGGCCUCUUGGUGUCGCCUACCAGCGUCGGCGAGAUCUCGCCGUCGGCGACACCCCUGCCAGCCGUGCUGGACUUUAGCACGAGAAAAACGUCCUCGACCGAGGAGGACGAGGAAGAACAGAUAUUAAAUCUCAGCAAACCACCUACGCCGUCUUCCUCGGCGGAGACGAAUAAUGGUCCGUUGGAUCUUUCGGUACCCAGCAGAAAACGACCUGGCCCGGAAGACUCGCCGCCACCACCAGCGCGCAAAUCAUCGAGACUGACAAGUUCCACGACAAGUUCCACGAGUCAUCAGGAAACAGGACCGGGAGUCACGUCAUCCGGUUUCGGUCGACCGCCCGUGGUGUCCCCCUGGACGUCUCCGGUAGUGGCCUCGCACUUUCCCUACUUCGCCGCAGCGGUAGCGGCAGCGGCUACUAGUCAGCAGCAGCUUUCGCCGAAGAGCACCAGCGGAGUGGUGGAUCAUCAUCAGCUUUGGAAUGGGAAGAUGAAACCGCCAGCCGCAUUAGAAAAGCCAUACCAACCUAGCGAAGCUACGAAAGCACUUGAAAAAAUGAGUGAGUUGAGCAAGCUGGGUGGCGAAGAUCUCUUUAGGUCGUCUUCCGGAGGAGGCAGUGGCGCUGCUACGGGUGCGAACGCACCGGCGACGACGUCCAGUAGUCGUCACAGCGCUUGGCAGUCCCACUGGUUGAACAAAGGUGCCGAUCAAGCGAAGGACGUUCUGAAAUGCGUAUGGUGCAAACAGAGCUUUCCGACUUUGGCCGCGAUGACGACGCACAUGAAGGAGGCGAAGCACUGCGGCGUAAACAUGCCAGUGCCACCGCCAACGCAAGGACUUCACUCGCAACAAACAACGAUGCCAACCAUACCACCGCCUCAACAGCCGCAUCCACCGCAGACAUCCACCGGCAAUACUGGCAGCAACAAUUCCACACCUAGCAACAAACAGAGUCCAUCCGAUUUGAAUCUACUGAUCAAGGAAACGAUGCCACUGCCGCGGAAGCUCGUGCGAGGCCAGGACGUCUGGUUGGGCAAGGGAGCUGAACAAACGCGGCAGAUUCUAAAAUGCAUGUGGUGCGGACAAAGCUUCCGCUCGCUAGCCGAGAUGACGUCACAUAUGCAGCAAACGCAACAUUACACGAACAUUAUCUCUCAGGAACAGAUAAUAUCCUGGAAAUCAUCGGACGAGAAGAGCGCUAAUUCUACCGGCGGUGCAGGGGGUGGCGGAAGUGCCGGCGGUGGAGGAGGCGGUGCAGGGGUACAGCCGGGCGGAGGAUCUGGACCUCAUGGAAACAAUGGUGGUCCUGGUGCUGGUGCCACGAGCAGUCACGUCAGCGCCGUGCUGACCUGCAAGGUUUGCGAUCAAGCGUUCAGCUCCCUGAAGGAAUUGAGUAACCACAUGGUAAAGAAUUCGCAUUACAAGGAGCACAUAAUGCGCUCGAUCACCGAAAGCGGUGGACGUCGGCGACAGACGCGUGAGAAGCGGAAAAAGUCACUGCCCGUGAGGAAGUUGCUGGAGCUGGAACGUGCGCAGAACGAAUUCAAAAAUGGCGACGCCGCCGCCGGUCUGACUCACCACAGCCUCGGUAAGCACGCCGGUAGAAUCACGUGCGAAAAAUGCGGCGACAAAAUAGAAACUCCGCUUUUUGUCGAGCACAUACGUCAAUGUAUCGGCGCGGGCACGGUAGGCGCGAAUCAACGAAACUUUCUAAAGAACGCGCUCAUGUCCAAUCAUUUGCCCGCGACGUUACCGCCAUCCGAAAGCGGACGUAAGAGCGUCAAUGAAGAAACGUCUUCGAUAUCCUCGAGGCAUCACCGGUCUCCAUCUUCGGCGAGCGACACGACCACCCCGGGAAAAGAUACUCCUACACCAAACGCUAACGAGACUACCGCUCCGGUAGGUACUUCACCGUCGGUUUUGAACGCAAUAGAGAAGCUCAUCGAGAAGAGUUUCGAUUCUCGCGUGAGGCACGGCACGCCCGGCUUGCAUCACGCUCAACCUGGCGCGCCGAUGGGUACGAGUAUCCUCAAACGUUUAGGUAUCGACGAAAGCGUGGAUUAUACGAAACCUUUAGUGGAUCCGCAAACGAUGAAUCUACUUCGAUCUUAUCAACAACAGCAUCAGCAGCAACAUUACAACGCCAAUGCCGCGGCGAGAAGGGAGCGAAGUGGCAGCGAGUCCAGUUCGAUAUCAGAGCGAGGAAGUGGCAGGACGGACACUAUGACACCGGAGAGACGCAUGGAUCUAUCUAACGCGAGUCACGAAAGACACUCGAGUUCCCUGUCUCAUCAUCAUCGCGUUACUCCCGAAAAACAAGCCGCUUCGUUACCUAGUCGCCAUCAUCAAACCACAGAGGAAUCCGGAGACGAGGAAUCGUCUACCGUAGUGGUGAAGAAAGAACCGAGGGACGAGGAGACAGAGGAGCGAGGUGCGAACGAAGAGGAGCAACAGUCGCAAUCGACGAGGGAAGUAUUCGUGAAGAAGGAAAUAGUAGACGACUGCAGGGACGAGGAGGAUCAGAGUUCCUACAAUCACCGACGAAGCAGCCUCCAUGAGACGCCGGAGGAUGGACGAGAGGUUUUGUCACCUCGCAUGAACCCACCUACGCCCCGACCGGCCAGCCAAGUGGAACAGGUCGCGCGUAGUCCCUGCAGGAACAGCACGAGCAGUCCUACCAGCAGCGACCGAUCGGUUACACCGCGAGGUACACCAGACACCAAGGCAUCUAGCAGUCUCGGAGCGCUCUCCUCCAUGUUCGACAGCUUGUCCGGCGGUGGCGGUGGCGGCGGUAACAACGUCGACUCGCAAGGACGUAAAACGAGCAGCCAUCCUCUCGCGGCGUUACAGAAAUUAUGCGAUAAGACGGAAACGCGGGGUCCCAGCGCUAGCGGUACCUCAAGAUCCGGAGGUAGUUCCGCGGCUAGCACCAUCGGUACCAGCAGCGGUAGCACGGUGACCGGUCCGGGUCCCGGACCAACCCCAGGUGCCAUCUUGGCUUUUAGCUGGGCCUGCAAUGACGCCGUGGUCACCGCGGAUUCAAUAAUGAAGUGUGCAUUCUGCGAUACACCCUUCAUUUCGAAAGGCGCGUACAGGCACCAUCUGUCCAAAAUGCACUUUGUCAAGGACGGCGUCAUUCCGGAUCCAUUAACCAUCGGUAGAUCGGCGGCAGCAGCCGCGGCCGCGGCCGCCGCGGCGGUUUCCCAGGGCACUUCCGGCGGGCCGAGUCGCAACUCCUCGCCGCCAACGUCGCAACGCAACAAGUCGCCGCCGAUUCCACAGGCGAACGGCAGCCCGUCGCAGUCAGCGGCCUCACCCCUCGAGGAGAGCCCGCACUCCAAAUUUCUCAAGUAUACGGAGCUGGCAAAGCAAUUGUCCAGCAAGUACGUAUAGUCCGAGCCCCGUAAGUAGCGGUGCCACUUGUACAUAAGUGUAUCUAUACUGUAACGACUGUAAAACUAGCGAUGUGAAAAUUUUCAUCCCUUUCCCCGCGAACACCGCCGCGCCGAACGAUGUCGUCGCGCAUCCGACGUCUUCGGGUUUAUGCUUAAAGAGGCUGUGUCGUGGCUAUAUCGAUAACGGAAAAGAAAUUUUAUGAGAGCUCGUACAAUUGUCAAAUCAUUUCCCAUUAUCAUCUAUACAUUUGAAACAAAUCCUGUUGCGUCUAUUCUUAUUACUCUAAGUCCAGAUAAAUCGUAAUAUUCGUAAUUCAUUAAUUUUCUUAUGAUUAUAUGAUAUGUAUUUACGAAUCAAGGAUUGAAAUUGAUAUAUAUAAAUUUAUUAAAUUUUGAUGCCAUAAGGACGAAAAUGAUUUUUGUCUUUAAAGGGAUGAUAAAAAAAUCCUUUCUCGCAUGCUUGUAGCACUGAAAAUUAAAUCACAAUUAUAACUUUCAAUCCUUAUUACAGAUUAAAUGAAUCUACAUUUACUUGCUCAAUAAAAAACACAAAAUAAAAAUAAUAUUAUACGUUGACAACUAUCACUCAUUGCUACAGGAAGGAUUAAUCUUCAACUAGCAAUGUAAAAAAAAAUCACUUAAUGAUUAGAAUCAUACGUUAUUGUUUAAAAAUUUAAAGCAAUAAUGUAUUCUUGCAAUUUCUAAAUAAAAUUAUUAUGUAAAAUAAUAAGUCUUUGCAAGUAUAAUUUACCAAAAAUAUUAAUUUUUUUUAUAUAAUUUGUGAACGUACACUAUUUCAAAUUUAUGAUUGGAACAAAAUUUUUUACAUUUACAAUGUAAAUUUUACAUUUAAAUGUAAAUUUUUUACCUUUACAAUAGAGUACACAAAGUUUCUUUUUAUAAAAAAGUCCUUUCUUUAAUUUGGCUUUUUGAUACAAUCUUGACAUCUUUUGAUUAACUUGUAUAUAGUUUUUUUUCGAUGUCGUAUCUCAGAUCUCUUAUAAAAUUUUUUAUAAAGAUUCUUUAAAAGCCAAAUAUUGUUUAUCUACAGCUCUCUUACAUGAGCUCAAUUGGAUUUAAAUCUAGCGAGCGAUUAAGAGGGUUUAUUUUUAUAUUUUGCAAAAUUCCUUUUAUUUCAAGUACUUCUUGUGAAGUUUGAAAAUAUGUAUUUUAGAUUAGUAUCAAUUUAUAUCAAUUCUUUACUUAUUAAAUCCUAUACUUAAAAAAAUGACGUAAUUUUUUAGAGUGUUAUACUGCUCUUUCUUGAAAAUGCUAUUAAUUCGAUAUACGCUGUUUAAAGGUAGAACUUUUGCACACAGUAUAAGAAUUCAAUAAAAUGCUUAUUAAUAAUUGAGGAUUAAAGAUACAUAAACUUUUGUAAUGAAAGUCUUAUCAGAUCUGCAGUCCACAUGCUAUAGAACAAAUUUUCUUGAAUAAUAUCUCGGAAAGAUUGAAAAAAAAUCUCAAAAUUUAUCUCCGAUUCUAUAAUGUUUUUACAUACCAUAUUUGAUAAAAAAUAAUAUUUUAACCUCUAAUGUUUUACAAAAGAUUAACGUUGCUUAAGAAGAUGCUAAAAUCGUCAGUUUUACCGAUUAAAUAACAAUUACU